CAAGAUAAAAACGAUUUCCAAAAGUUAACUUGUCCUUAUAACGCUUUAUACGUCAUUCACGAAGCGCAUUGUUUGCAACGUCCAUUGCGUGGUUUCGAAAGUGAGAGGGUAACAGGCCUGAUCUAACCCGUUGUCUUAGUUUCCAUCGAGUACAUUGCCGAUUAGCCCAGUUACCUAACUGCGCCAUCAUCCAGUAGGAUCGAUUGGAUAUUAAAAGGAGGACAGAAUUACAAACACAUGCUUCUUUCUACCCACGACACUACGAUAUGAGGGUCGCUAGUCACCCUCUAAAACACCGUCGCCGAUCAUGUUCUCCUCGUUGAAGGGUUUCUCUUCCCACAUCAACUCCAACUACUCCGUAUCGCAAACCGUUGCCUCCACAGCCGGUCCGUGGAAGAUUUACGAUGCCAAGAAGAAAUCGACGGGAAAGACGUACUCCGUCUUCGUUUUUGAGAGGAAGUCAAUAGAGUCGCAUGGAGGUUCUCUUGGUCGAUCUGGCGCGGCAGCCUUCAAGCGCUCUCUAGAGGAGGUGACCGAGCGAUUGAAGAAGGAAGCGUCAUCUCUCGCUAGACUACGACAUCCAAAUAUCCUAGAACUUGUCGAACCUGUUGAGGAAAUUAGAGGAGGCCUUCAAUUCGUUACCGAAUCAGUCACUACGUCGCUAGCAAGCCUACUACAAGAGAAAGAUGAUCAGGAAAGGGGCGGCGGGGUCGGGGGCCGGUCCAGUCGGUAUGUCACUGAGGACUCGGAUGGUACGAGACGUAGGCGGGAGAUAGAGAUCGACGAACUCGAGAUACAGAAGGGUUUGCUUCAGAUAAGCAAGGCCCUUGAGUUCUUGCAUGAAAAUGCUGGCCUCGUCCAUGCAAACCUCACGCCUGAUGCCAUAUUAAUCAACUCGAAAUCUGACUGGAAAGUCAGCGGGCUCGCAUUUUGUAGUCCGCCCGAGGGCUCAACAAAACCCACUUCAGUUCAACCCAUCAGUCUUUCGGAAGUUCUGAACUUGGACCCUCGGCUACCUCGAUAUGUUCAAAUCAAUCUUGAUUAUACGUCUCCUGACUUCAUCCUCGAUAACAAUCUCACCAGCUCUGCCGACAUGUUCUCCCUAGGCCUUUUAUGUAUCGCGCUAUACAAUUCACCUCAUCGAUCUCCCAUAGAAAGUAGUGGGAGCAUCUCUGCCUACAAGAGAUUAUUCACGUCAUCCUCAACCGUACCAUCCUCCGGUAAUGGAUUCUUAUCUAAGAGACCGCUGCCGAGGGACCUUUCGGCACAUGUCUUGCCCCGGCUAAUUACGAGGCGUCCGGCGCAGCGCAUGACAGCUCGUGAAUUUCAGGAAAGCGAAUAUUUCGAUAACAUAUUAAUAUCGACAAUUCGAUUCCUUGACGCCUUCCCGGCUAAGACACCGAACGAGAAAGCCCAAUUCAUGAGAGGCCUCAACAAAGUUCUACCAUCCUUCCCCAAGUCGGUUAUGGAGAAGAAAGUACUCCCAGCGCUGCUCGAGGAGCUCAAAGACAAAGAUCUCUUGUCUCUUAUCCUUCAGAAUGUCUUCAAGAUUAUGGACCUGUUACCUUCCUCGAGGCGAGCAUUUUCGGAGAAGAUACGACCGAGGCUCAAGGAGAUAUUUGUUGUUAAUGCUAAGCAGGCUCAGGAGAAAGAUCCACCUAGAGAUGCUGGUUUGAUGGUAGUUUUAGAAAAUGCCAGCCUGAUAGCUGAAAACUCUUCUGGUAAAGAAUUUAAAGAUGAUGUAUUGCCAAUUAUUUUAGCGGCUAUUGAGUCACCGACGCCUUCACUCAUCGAUGCUUCCCUACGAAGCUUACCCGUUGUCUUACCAGUACUAGAUUUCAGCACUAUCAAGAACGAACUAUUCCCUAUCAUCGCAGCUGUUUUUAGCAAGACUAGUAGCUUAGCUAUCAAGGUCCGCGGCUGUAGGGCUUUCGUUAUUCUUUGUGGCGGUUCCAAUGAAUCAUCAUCAGCUGAUGAUGGGCUUGAUGGUCUUGGACCCGACAAGAAAAAGAAGACGUCGUCAAGCGCUCUGGACAAAUAUACAAUGCAAGAAAAGAUCAUACCGCUCAUCAAAGCUAUAAAAACCAAGGAGCCCGCGGUUAUGAUGGCCGCCUUAGACGUGUUGCGAGUAGUUGGAGAUAACGCAGAUGCCGAAUUCGUAGCCAUGGAUAUCCUACCCAUUCUAUGGAAUAUGAGUUUGGGGCCUUUGCUAGAUCUCAAGCAGUUCCAAUCUUUCAUGGAGUUGAUUAAGUCACUUUCCAGACGGGUUGAAGAGGAGCAGAUGAAGAAGUUACAAGAGCUUUCUACCUUGAACGGAGGAAGAUCACCAACUCCUAACGAUGACUUCCUUGGAUUUGGCGGUGUUUCUGGGUCAACGUUCGAUGCAUCGAAUGGGGCUACAGAAGAUGACUUUGAGCGAUUGGUUAAGGGGAAGUCUGUCGGAACCUCAAGUGAUACAAUAGACGCAGGAUGGGAUGUCAAUCCAGCGGCAUCAGCGUCAGCAGCUGCGUCAGCUUCAAUCAAGUCUCCUCAGUUUGCCUGGUCUACGCCGAGUCCUACUUCCAACGGUCCUUAUGGCCCUCCUAAAUCUCAACCACCUUUCCGGACGGUCACACCAGACCUUGCUUCGUUCGGGACUUUGGCCCCUUCGUCUACUCAAUAUUCACAACCUCUACAGCCCGCCACGGGUAAUACGGCAAAGCCUAUGUCAACGGCACCACAAACCUCUUCAGCAGUCAAUUGGUCUACCUCGGCCGCAACAACCAAUGCUUGGGCUUCGAGCUCGACCACUCCGAUAUCUCCGGCAGUGUCAUCGUUCAGCAAUGUAAGCUCAGGCAUAUCAAACAUGAAUCUUGGUCAACCGAGACCUACGAUGAACCAGUCAUCGUCAUUUUCUCUUCCUCCACCGCCUUCUAAGGCUAGCGCUACGCCAACCAGCUUCAGUUUAGCACCACCUCCCGGAGGUGUUCAGAGACAGAACUCGGCGACAUCCUUCAGUCAACCUACUAGCAAUUUCAGUAGCACGGCUCAUCAACCCUCCGGAAGCAUGGGUAGUAUGAUGAACUCGGGUAUGGGAGGCAUGAAUAGGAGUAUGAAUAGCAUGAGCAGCAUGAUGGGAAGCAUGAAUACCAUGACGCCGAUUCAACCAGUAUCCCAACCACCGCCACCACAACAACAGAAGCAACAGCAACCUCAAGGGUCGGGCUUGGAUAAAUACGAAAGUCUGCUGUAAAGGGGUCGGAGAAGGAAUUAGCGAACGAGCGAUUAGGAUCAUCUAUAUAGCAUUCAUUCAGGCUUGAAUGUGAAGUCUUUUUUCUUAGAACACAUUUGAUGUGCGGAUACCCGAAUAGUUGAUGUCUAGGAGAUAGGUACGUGUAUGGUACGAGGCGGGGGAGCGAAAGGGGACAGUUUAAAACGAUUAAUAUAUGAACUGGAGUGAUGGCGUUCACUCGUCUAGUUACGGUAUCGUGCUUACGUAGGUACCUAUGUAUGGGCAUGUUUUGGGUGCA